AUGCCUAAUACAGAUAAUUCGAAAAACUUGGCGAGGACGUCUCCGGAGAUGGAUCUUCUUUCAGAAAAGCUAGUUAGCGCUAUGACUAGAAAUUUCAAUUUGGAGACUGAGUUGCUAGAUUUACGCAAGAAUCUCGAAUUCAAUAAGUCUAAAGUUGAUGGAUUGGAAUCUGUCAAGGUUGAAAGAGACCAAUUGAAAGAGCGCGUUAAAGGUUUGGAAGAUAAUGCGAAGUCGACUAACAUCGAAUUGCAAGCAGCUUUUAAAUUGAAGCAGGACGCUGAGGAAGAAUGCGUCAAGUUACGACAUGAAAUUGAGGAGCUUAGUGCAUCACUAUUUGAUGAGGCCAAUACCAUGGUCAGUGACGCCCGAAAAGAGACCCACUCUACCCAAAUUCAGAAUAGACGAUUAGUUCUUACCAUAAAAGAGAAAGAUGAUAUGAUAGAAUCUUUAAGUGAAGAAUUGACAACUUUAAAGCACAUAAUAGAAAACAUGGAAAACGAAAGAAUAGGCAGAGCAAAGACAGCUACGCCAACUUUGACGCAGGACAACAGUUUUGCCUCACCAUUACAGUCUGCUCAGGAAGACUAUAACGGUACCUCUUAUCCUAUAAGUUCGCAAUCAGAGAUAGGGCAAAAGGAUUCAGAGAAAAAUAUCAAUUCUGGUGACCUCCCAAGCUCCAAUUCAGCAGACAUUUUUGGAUCUCCAGAUUUGGAAAAUUACAACGGCAAAUACAUUUUUUCGCCAAUUUAUAAUUCUUUGAGGCUGGACCAAGAGGGGUUUCAGGAUUUCAAGCGAUUUGUCACAUUUCUACAGGGUAGAGCUGUGAAGUCCUUCGAUUACGCCGCAAUUAAAGAACUUGCAUUGUUUAAAAAACUGAUGCUGGAAGACAUUGAACCGGCACUAAGACUGGAUCUUGCACCUGGCGUCAGUUACUUUAACCGUAAGCCAUUCCUCAGCGCUAUAGUGGAAGGAAGAGUUGUGAUUGAACCUAUUAGUGGAAUAAAUGAAGCCUGGAAACUUGGCCACCAAAGAAACACAGAUACAGAGACAAAGCUUUUUUCAUAUCCCAGCGAUUCUCCUCCUGUAGCCACAAUGGAGGAAUGCGCUAUAUGCGGAGAGUCACGAAAUGAUAUACUUGAGCAUGCUAGGCUAUAUACCCUCAAGAUACAGAGGAGAUCUAAAAGCAAACCAGCAUCUGCAUCUUCCAUAAUACUUCCGCAAAGUAUUGCCCCAGCGCACUUGUAUCAAUAUUCCCUUUGCACUUUUUGCGUGUCACGGAUCCGAACUAUCUGCGAGUUGUUUGCACUACUGAGGAUUAUUAAUGAUUCAGACAAGACGAAAAUUUGGAUAUUUUCUCGGGAAGAUGUGUAUGUCAAAGCUUGGUGUGAGAUAAACAAGUUGCGGGCCAAGAUUUUCUGGGCAAGGAUAGGCACCUGGGACCAUGUUGAUAACAAUAGAGGAAAUAGUUCACUUCCGCUGCUGGAAUCGUAUGGACCUGUAACCAAGACAAAUGAUAGUUCAAGUGCGCUAAAAGUCUCGCUUGAGAUUCAGAAUGUAUUUAAGGAGGCUUUGUCUGUCGAUUCUAAUACGGACUCUGAGAAUCAUGGUGUUGAUCUGAACCGGAAGCAAGCCCUCAUUGGAACAGAGGAUCUGCAAAAGGUAGAUGGAAAUCUAAAGUCUAGCGUCAUACCCCCCACUACAACCAUGAAAGAAUAUCCUAAGCAGGUUCUAGAUAGGGUUCAACAAGAAGAGAAUCUUUUCAAAAACGAUACGAUAAGUCAAUUGAACCUAGGCCAGGAGCACCAACUGCCAGAUGGAAAGAAUGAUGAAGAAGUUGAAGCCUCAACGGCAUGCUCUCCUAAGGCUGAAAUGUCUUCCGAUAAUGGCAGUGCUGAAUCUGACGAAUCUUACAAAGAUGCCAGUUAG